ACUCCUCUCAUCAUUUACCUCUUUCACUUUCUGGUGGACUACGCAGAGAUAACAUUCAUGUUGGCAGAUGUGAUCACUGCUGUGGCUCUCUACAUGGCAGUGAGGGACUACAACAAACAAGUGUUCAGAAAGCAGAAAUACGCCUUGGAGGCAGACCGCUACCCCCUCGACUGCCUGGAGCUCAUCAGAAGCCCCAAAGAAAUGUACUACAUCCCUCUGAAAGUCGCCAUGUUUUACCUGUUGAACCCGUUCACCAUCCUGUCCUGCGUCGCCAAGUCAACCUGUGGUCUGAACAACGCCGUCAUCUCCCUCUUCAUCCUUACUACAAUAAAAGGAAAUGUCUUGCUGAGUGCCAUAUUUCUGUCCUUGGCCACAUAUCAGUCCAUCUACCCUCUGACUCUGUGCGCUCCAGCACUGCUGUAUCUGAUGCAGCGUCAGUUCAUCCCGGUGAACUUCCGGCGUGUCAGCUUCUGGUGGUUCAUUGCGCAGUAUGCCUUCAUGUACCUGGGCAGCCUGUUCGUCAUCGUCGGUCUCUCCUUUUUCCUGCUCGGCUCGUGGGACUACGUGCCGUCUGUCUACGGCUUCAUUCUCUCAGUACCAGACCUGACCCCGAACAUCGGCCUCUUCUGGUAUUUCUUCGCCGAGAUGUUCGAACACUUCCGCCUCUUUUUCCUCUGCGUUUUCCAGAUCAACGUCUUCUUCUACACCAUCCCUCUGUCCAUCAAACUCAAGGAGCAUCCAGUGUUUCUGAUCUUCAUGCAGUUAGCUGUGAUCUCCAUCUUUAAGUCUUACCCCACUGUGGGAGACAUCGCCCUCUACAUGGCCUUCCUCCCUGUCUGGAGUCACCUGCACAGAUUCUUGAGGAACAUCUUCUUGGUGUCCUGCGUCCUGUUGGCCUGUUCGGCUCUCUUCCCUGUUCUCUGGCACCUCUGGAUCUACGCCGGCAGCGCCAACUCCAACUUCUACUACGCCAUAACGCUGCUGUUCAACGUGGCACAGAUUCUGCUGGUGUCGGAUUAUUUCUACGCCUUCUUGAGGAGGGAACACCAUCUCAGCUAUGGACUGUAUCUGAAGAGGAAAGAUGGCUCCGAGGCUACACUAGUCCUUAAAUAAAGCGUGCACACUCACACACACACUCACACACUCUCACACACACACACACCACACACACACACUCAUACACACACCGCCUGGCUGGGCAGUCUCUACCAGGAAAGGAGAAACUGCUCAAGGUCUCACUUUAUCCUCACAGGGAGCAAACACAAACUAAGGAGGAUAAAAGACUUUGAAAGCCGCUCUGGUCCUCGGACGAAAACAUUAGCACACGUACAGGAAGUGUGUCUGGUAUGACGUUAUAUGCAAACUGCAAGUCACAACAUACAACAUGACGGACACAUGCAGAGACGGGAUGUACAAUCUAUCAAUCUGGCUUCUGCCAUGUGAAACAAACGGACAAUAACUAAACAUGUUUAUCCUCUUUUUUUCUCUUUUUUUUUUUCUCUGGAGCGCUCUUAUUUUGGAACCUGCGCUGAUGAGGGUGGAUUUUAUUUUGAAGCCUUUUUUUUGUCAGAGCCACUCCUAGAUGAAUUUUAUUCUGACACUCUGUUUAUCCUGCAGCUCCGUCCUGGACAGCUUUUUAUUUUGAAGCACCAACUCUCUUGCAGCUUUUUUUUCUGGAAGGAAUCGUCACUCUGUGGGUGGGGGCUUUUAUUUUGAAGCCUUGUUUACUUUUCAACUUACAGUCACACGUGUGCGAAUGCGGGCGCCUGUGGAGCUGAAAUUUGUGUCUUGUCAUACUGAAUGUGGUCAGUGGAGUUAACCUCACACACCUCACACACCUCUUUGCCAUUGGUUGAGGCUGCGCAGGUCAAAGUUCACCAGUGUGACCUCUUAAAGCUGCAGUAGGUAACUUUUAGAGUCAUGCAGAUACCAUAAAGAGCCAGAUUAUCUGUCUGAUGUGGAAACUGUCCAGGACAAAAAGUGAUUUUUUUAUAAACGUUACCUUGCCAGCUUUAACCCACCAACACUACAAUAUAAAGCUCCCACUGAGUUAAUAAUUCCUGAUAUCCAGCCGUUGUUUCAUGUCUACCUGAUUACAUUUGUGUUGAAACUGGUAUCUAUAGUGGCGGGAAGAGGAGGAAAACUAUUUUUAAAGGGUUUAUAUGGAAGUCAAAAAAAAUGUCAAUUUUUCUCACCACUUUCUUACUGACCUGUUUUUACACAGUCGGCUCUUUAACGAACAGAUUUCAGAUUAUCAGUGUUGCAGCUCAUCUCAAGUGAAAACCAGUCAAACCAACACUAACCUCAUCCUGGUACAUAACUCUGGACUAGUGAAAGCUUCAACAGUGAAUGUGUUAAAACAACUAAAGUGCUUAAGUUCAGGAUCUGUGCAGAGCAGAAACAGGAGGUUAAGAUUUCAAUCCCACGUGUAAAGUUUGGGCUCAUAAUGUGCCACCAAAAAUGAAUCGAUAACGACUUAAGUUUCAUAUUUGGAUCUAUUCCUGCAUGCAGAUUAACAUAAUUAUUAAUAAUUAUUAUUAAAGUUAGAUUUAACCUUUUUAAAAUGCAUCAUGUGCCUGUCAGAAAGUGUUUGAGUUCAGAUUCAAUAAUGUAAAAGUUGAACAUUUUAGCUGGAAAAUCUGUUUAUUUGCUUUCUUGCUGACAGUUAGAUGAGAAGGUAUCACACUCAGAUGUCUUCCUAACAGCGGUAUCAGUCUUCUCAUCUAACUCUGCCAGAAACUGAAUAACCUUUUUUCCCCAAAAUAUUCUUCAAAUUUAGGACUUAAAAGACGACAUGAACAGUAUUUUAGUAGGAAACUCAUAUCCAAUGUGACACGAACGCAGCAUCAACACCUCAUUGUACUCGCAACGUGUCCUGACUCCAUACUACACUAACUUUAAACAGUAUGUGCUCACAUACUAACAUCAUAGUUUAUUGUUUUAGCUGUCAGUGUCCAAAAAGUCCUAAUAUUUUAAUAUUUGUACUAACGUUAUACAAUAAGUGCAACGUCUCACUGCCAGUUAAACUUUAACAGGUUGAAUAUUUCUUUUGAUUUCCUCCUAAGCUCCUCCAUUUCGUUUCUGCGUUGUAUUGUGUGUCCAUCAACAGCACUCUGCACAUUGACUUCUUUAUUAUACUUAAUUUAGUCACUCACUACUGAUUUAAAUGAGUGUGUAGUGUGGAAUUAGGACAUGUUUCCAUUUGUUUACCUUUUUCAUUUAAUCUAGAAACCAGAAAAUUAAGACUAAUGAAUAAUUUCAUACUUAAAAAUGCUACUGAUAAAUAUUUUAUAAGGAUUUAAUUCCCACCUAGAGAAUAAGUAAUAAGCCUUAAACAGCCUCAGAAGUGAACAGAAGUGUUGUUGAACAUUUUAUGUUUUACUUUAUAUGAUAAUAUGAAGUCUACAGAUGAAUGUUUUUGUUUAUUAAUUGGUUUCUCAAUGUGAAAGUAAUGAUGAGCAAAUUUCACAAACAACAACAAAAAACCUUCUGCAGGAAUUUCAACAUGAAAUACGACCAAAAAACGCAAAUUAAUGUAAGAUUAUUGGUUUUCAUGUGAAGUGACAUUAAGAUCAGUGACGAAGAAAAGAAAAACAAACUGUCCAAUAUAAAGAAAUAACCUGUGAGACACAAACACAGACGAGUUGUGAUCCAUGUUUUUACUCCUCGGUUUCGAGCAGGAGGUCGACGGCGGCCGAUUUGAUACCAAUGAGUGAGGAGUAAUUUGUGAUAUUUAUUUUCUGCACUAAAAAAAACUUUGCAAAGAGAUUUAAUUUUGUUUUUUAUUUUAAGAAAAAAAGGAGGGAGCUCUUGUUUUGAUACUGUAUGAAAAAAUGAAUGUGUUUUUGUUUUGUUAAAGAUAUUAAACUGCUGGGUUUGAAAGGGGCCGAUGUUAUUAUCUGAAGAAUGAGUGAACAUGUCACAAUUAAGGGUUAUUAAAGUUGAGGUGUUGGUUUCAAA